CACCGUUUUACGUUGGGUGGUUGACUUUUUACUGUGUUCCGGUGCGCGUAAUCGGAUCAGUUGACUUUUUGUGUUGAAGUCAGAAAGGAGCAGCACGCAAAAAAACUACAUAAAUGGCGGAUGAUUAUCAAAUGCAGCAAAUGAAUGGCGAUCAGAUUGGUAUUGGUCAGAAACCACUUUUAGAGCUUUAUGUUAAGGCUUCGGGAAUCGAAAAUCGGCGCAUUGGUGCAUGCUUGUUUUGUCAAGAAUUCUGGAUGGAACUUUACGCUUUGUAUGAGAUUGGAGUUGUUCGAGUUGAAGUGAAGACAGUAAAUAUCAAUUCUGAAGCAUUCAAAAAGAGUUUUCUUGGGGCACAACCACCAAUUAUGGUAGAGAACAAGAAUGCAACUUAUACUGACAACCGUGAAAUCGAAGGACGCAUUUUUCAUUUAGCAAAGGAGUUCAAUGUGCCGCUGUUUGAGAAAGAUCCAGUGGUAGAAAAACGAAUUGAAAGUUUGUACAGAAAUUUCAAAAUCUUUUUGCGAUCCAAAAGUGAGCACGACAGGGAACAGAAAGGAUCAUCACCAACACCAGUGGACUCACUUCCGCCACAACAAAAAGCAUCAUACAACAAACUUGUUGAACAGCUGGCAAAUAUUGACCAACUUCUGAGUGAACGAAACUCACGAUAUCUUUUGGGACGAAGUAUGACGGAAUAUGAUUGCGAACUGAUGCCGCGUCUCCAUCAUAUUCGAAUUGUUGGACAGCGUCUGCUUGGCUUUGACAUUCCUCUUAAUCUAACCUACCUCUGGAACUAUGUAUUGAAUGCAUAUCGUACCGCUGCUUUCAUCGAAAGUUGUCCAGCAGAUCAAGAUAUUCUUCAUCACUAUAAGGAGCAGCUUAGUUUGGUAACGAAUCAGCGCGAAUCAUUGCAGGUUCCAACCAAAACUCACACAAUUCCUGAAAACGUCUUGGAAGAUAUUCGUCGACUCAAGUUGGAUGAAAACUGAGAAUGACCAUAAUUGUGAUUAUUAUUCAUCAGAUUCUUUUUCAAGAAUUAUUUAUCUAAUGUAAUUUGUGUCACUAUUCGUUUUAAAAUUGUGAAAUAAUUGUUAAGUGACUGUUUUAACGAUUUCACAAUUUUGUGUCUAAAAUCCUAAGGAAUUUUCAAAUUUCUGGAAAAAUCUGCUUUAAUCUAUUUUUACCUCAGAAAUCGAUUACUGGCUUGGCCAUUUCUUAGGAUGCAUUUUCGUAUUUCUCUUAUUCGAAACGGAUUUAUGUGAAAUAUUCUUUCGCUUCAUUCAUGGACAUGUACUGUAUGUACUUAUUUCUUAAAUGCUGCUCCAUAAAACAUAUCGGUCUUUUCCGGAAAUAUCCACUUUGCCUAAUGCACAUUCGCAUCCCAUCGUUUUUCAACCCUUUUUAUACUGCAGAAUAUUUGAGUUGUGUUUUGUUAUGUCUGAAGAUAUUGUUUUUCAGAACGACCCAUUUUAAAUUGAAAAGAUCUUCCUCCCGUUUCAUUUUCUUUACAACGAAUGCAUCAUUGCGCCGUGUUGUCUGAUUUUGGGCUUUACUCUGGUUUAUCUUUAUCAUGCUAAAUAAAAAAGAUAUUGGAU